GGGAAAUUGUUGAUUGAGACACCGUGGCACAGCACCAAGAGCUUAAUAGGAAGAGGAGAUAGUGCUCAUAAGAAUAUGGCAGAUGUUCCACCUGCACUCACCCUAGAACUUCCCAAGAAAAGUGAUCUUCCUAACACAUUCAAACCUUGGAAUGAAGUCCAUCUUCCAAUUGACAUUCUUUUGUUGACAGUGGAUGACUGUGAGUUCUUAGCCUGUUUUACAUACUUGAGAAAUGCCAUUAAAAGUUACCAGAAGAACCUUGGAUUUGUGUACUUUGGGAACAUGGGUGAAAGUGGAGAUGUGCCCCUAAAAGUUGCUUUGAUGACAUGUUUUGAAGGCUCUUCCGUUCCACAUGGUUCACUGGUCACUGUUAAGAAUGCUGUGGUAGAACUAAGACCCAAAGCUGUUUUCUAUAUUGGAUGCUGUGAGGGGUUAAACCCCGAAGUCACCAAGUUACAGCUUGGUGAUGUGGUGGUAUCCUCUAAGCUUACAACUGAAUCAUUAAAAACGCCGGUGGGAAGAGAUAUCUUGCACCUUGUCAGGCAUGCAGAUCAUGGCUGGAUCCCGCCAUUAAAAUGUCCAGAAGAUCGUAAAGUUCAGGUCUGCUGUGGUGGGGAUAUUUUAAGUGGCAUAAAGCCAGUCAGUGCUAAACAGCAAAACAUGUCUCAUAUUACUCAAGCUACCGCAUUUGAAAUUGGUGGUGAAGGUAAGAUAUUUAUUCCCUGUUAAAUGACAUCAUUUCUCGCUUGUUACGUUUUCUUACAAGAGGCAUGGUGGCCUGUGGUGAACAUAAGUAUAGGGGGGGGGCGGAGCAGAGAGGGGGGGGGUCAUGAGGUUUUAAGCCUUGCGUAAGGGGUGGGUCGUGCGAUUUUCAGCUACCCUUAGGGGGUGGGUCACCCUAUUUUAUAACAUAGACGGGCACACAUUUAAGUCUUCAUACCAACGGGACAGUUGACCACACUGUCUUGAUAUAUAAAACACAGCCAGCUGGAAUUACUGCUAAAAAUACUCUCAAAUCUGUUGUGUCCUUUUUAAAAUGCAAUUUUAAUAAAAUGUAGGAUUUUUUUUUACAUUUCAUUGCUGUUUAAAAUUCUGAUGCCUUAGUGCGGUCUCCUAUGUUGUAACUUGUUACAUAUAUUCUUGAAAGAAAGCAAACAAAGAAACACGAGGUCCUAUUUCUUUUCAUAACAAUAGGUAUCAAUAUUAUAACGGUUUGUAAAAUGGAAAAAACAAACGAACGAACAAAACAGUCUGAAUAGAUACAUGUAACACUGCCAUGUAAAAGUUUCUGGUAUUUUGAAUACGUUUGUUAGGAUUGUCUUGAUAUUUCUGCUUAUUUUAUAAAUCACCGUUAACAUAUUGUUCCAUAAGCUCGGCCUGUUCAACCGUCAUCAUCUCUUGCUCUUCAAAAUCUUCAUCACUGCUCUUGUCACUUCUACCUUCACCACUGCCCUCUCCAUCACCGCUCUCAUUGUCACUGCUUUCUUCAUCUGUUCUUCCUCUACUGUCGUCCUCGCUUUUGCUGAGAUCCUCGGCUAUCGCCUUGUGCACAACUGCCUUCAGGUUCUGAAGAAACUCGCUUGUAACGUUGAUCGGAAGUUUUUCGCUCCUGAGGAUGGCUUUAAUCCACUUAACUUGGCGAAGUUGGAGAAGCUGUACCUUGUUCAGGUCAAGAUCAGUAACAACACCACGGCUUCUGUAUGAGGGAGAAAUGCUGGAAAGUAUCUUGUCGAUAUUAACUUGCAUCCUUUUCAUUUUCCUCGUCCUUGCCUUUGUUCUUCCUUCUUUUACCCGCCUGCUGUUUGUUUUGAGGUUUCCUCUAGUCGUAAACUUAUACAAUUGAUUGUGCUUUGUUAUCAGGUCUAGUAACGUUUGCUUGAUUUCUCGGGCCAUUGCUUCAUUCUCGCGAAGUGUCCCAAAACACUUCUCAUGGAACUGGUGCGCACAUUCGUUACCCGUCUUGAGUUUAGAAGUGGUCUUGGAAAAUAGUAUAAAGGCCUUGCUUUACUUUGUGCUGUUUCCUUAGACAACAAACUUUGAUUCAUGUCCCUCUCCAUCCAGGUGUGUAAAUGGGUGCUGGUUAUGAUCCUUUGUGAUCCUGUUUUCAAUCUGAUCUUUCAAGAUCUAUUCUAUGUUUUGACAAUGAUGUUUAUGUUUAUUAACUUCCUGUAUUUUCUAUACUAAAUUAUGCAUAAAAAACUGAUUGGAGGACAGUAGUUUAAAUGGUGUUUUCCUUUGGAUAAAAUACAACAGGAUAGUUAAAUAUUAUUCCAUUAACAUCCUUAUGCAUAAGAUGGUUUUUUAUUUGUUUGUCCUGUUUUUUGUUAUUUAAAUAAUUUUAUGCUGAUUUAUAUGUGCCUUUUAAAAUCACUCAGUGUUACCAUUUUCUGCUUACCCGUUUGCACAGUAAAUGAUUUAUUGUUGAUGUUGUCACAUCUUGAUCACCCCUGGUUGUGAUACUCACUGGUGGAUCUUUUUGCAUCUUGAAUUAUUAUUAAUCAUUUUUUGUUUUUUUCCAGGCCUUUUUGUUGCAGCACAUGAUCUUAAGAUUGAAUGGGUGAUUGUAAAAGGUAUUUCUCACUUUGCCAAUGGUAACAACCCAGCAGAAAAUUCUUGGGAGAGUCAUGCAUGCAUAAUGGCAGCUUCUCUUGUGUCCAACAUGUUGAAGGAUCCAUUUGUGUUUGAACAAUGGCCUCAUUAUGAAGGUAGGUGUCGUGCUCCUUUAUUAAACCAUGUGAUAAUUAAUCCUUACCUGUGUACAGAAGGUCAGUGUUUUUGGUUAAGUACUGAGGUUGAUUGAAAGUACUCACUUUCAAACCUUGUUAAUUAAUCUGUUAUAGUAAACUUGAAAAAGGAUGGAGUUCAACAUUUUUUUGGUCAACUCACAACUGUUGGAAACUAUAAAAUAGGUAAAAGAAAAUUAUGAGGAAAAGGUCACAAAGAAAUUGGUCAGGUGGACAUGAAGGAGAUGUUUCCAGAUAAAAUUGAUCACCUGCUUACCAUACUAUUUUAGGCAGUAAGAUUUGUGGGUUGGUACUCUGCAAGUGCAUACUUAGGGACCUAAAGUCUAAAAUGACCCUUGUUUAAUUAGAGCUUAAGUGGUAUCUGUUAGGAGCCUGUAAGGUCAUUGAGUGGGAAUUAUUUUGUUACUCAAGUGAUUUUUGGUGCCUCUUAGGCAUUAAAAUGAAUUUCCUCCUUGCCACAAAGUUAGAUUCUGUUACUUUCUAGGGAUACUUUUGGAUUUUUUUUUUUUACAAAACCCUGUUUUUUGUUUUGUUUUGGUUUUUGUUAAUUUUAAUUUUAUAGAGGGGUAUCUCCUUAUAUUGGUACCUUCCAGGGUUAAAGUGAAUUUCCAACAUGCCCUCAAAGCAAGAUUCUGCUACCUUUAGGGAUGCUUUUUGUUUUUAUUUUUUAUUUUUUCACAAGCGCCCCUAUUAUCUUUAAUGUUUUAUUUUUUGUAAAGCAGUUCUGCUAUUUUUAAAGGGGACUAUCUCCUCCUCCUUUUCGUACCUCUUAUAGAGCUUAAGGGGGGAGACUGGUCAAAAUUUUAAGGAAAUAAUGUUGAUUUGGAAAGGAAAUAUAUGAGGGUAGAAUAGGUAUACGCAUAAACCAGUUAAACCACUAAUGGGAUCAGAGGCACCUUGUUGUGGUGGUGGACUAUCUGGUAAUCGUCUACCAAUUACUAACUUCAUAUUUUAAUUUUUAACAACCCCCAAUUCAAAUAUUUUCCCAUUUUUUCAAAAUUUUAAACAUCUCCCCCCCCCCCCCUAAUUUUUAUACAUUAAAAACAUUCGAAAAAUCAUCCAAAAAUUCUUAAAUAAUUAUUAAUGACUGCAACUUAAUUGAGUCAUUUUUUAAUUGAACGAAAUCUUGGCUAGAUAUUUAAGAAAAAGAGUUGAAAUCAAUGAAAAAUUAUGCUUUUAACCAGACUCCCCCCUUGAAAUGAAUUUUUUCGAUGUCUACAGCCAGGAUUUUUGUACCUUUUAGGGAUACUUUUGAAUUUUUUAUUUGACUAGCACCACAGCUCUUUAAUAGGGUAGCAUCUCCUCCUCCCUCCCCCUGAGAAUACUAGUAACCAACUUAACAGGGCUGUCACUAAGGGCUGAGAGACAUAGAUUCCCACUGGCUACGCCUGGUUACUUUCAUAGGAAUUAAAGGAUAAUAGGACCAAAAGAAUUUCCAGGAUGUUCUGUUCCCCCGCUCAGCAACUUUAAACCACAGUGACAGCCCUGAACCCUAAGCAGUAAGCUAUCUGCACUGCUGGCUUUAUUUUCUGAUUUUAGAUCAUCGUAGAACUCUACCCUCUGACUGGUUGAUAGCUAUAGGUUUUGAAAGGUCCAGUAAACAUUUGAAGGGCUUAUUUCCUGUUUUGAAAAUGUUUUUGAACUGCAACUGCUUUAUACUAGAUUCCUUUCAGAGUCAACUCAAUGUGCAGGAGAAAUCUUGCAUAACUAAGUUUAAAAGACACAUUUACUGUCUAAAACUGUGCACACUGCAACCAGGCAUCCUUUAGUGAAUUAAAAUGUCAGUAUCACCCACAAUUAAGUAAAAGCUAAGAUGUAAGCUUUCAGUCCCAAGACAAGCUGCUCAGUGCUUUUUGUCAUUGAAACUUUAUUAUUCAGACUCAGAACCUAAAAUGUGACUAGUAAAAAAACUGACAGAUUGAUAAACAUUUUCCCCAAAUACUUUUGAAUAACCCAUGUUUUAAAUGUCUUAAAUUUCUUUUCUAUUUUGUUUAACUCACAGACCUGUCAGCAAGGAAACAGCCCUCUAGCUCUACGGCCACUAAGGAGGUGUCACCAGGUACUAUUAUAUCCUAUAAAGCAGAAAUGGUACCAGACAUAUAGGGUCUGCCGGAUUAUGCUCGAAAAAUAGAGUAUUAUGCUUUCGGGCAUCACCCGUGAAACUAGGGUAUUGUUGUAAACGGGAGUUGAUUUCGUGACCAACAGAUAAGUGUCGACUGCUUGAGUAUCUCUAGACCUGGCCGGUUUCGGGCUAUCAGUAUUCUAAGAGACUUGCACACAUUCAAGUCCUGAUCACAUUCAUCGUUUAUUGCUAAAUCAAGGUACUUUUAUACAUAUUGGUAGCUAAAUCAUACGUUGGAAGAUAUAGUAGGGAAUGCAUGUGGUUUCCUUUCUAGUAAGUAUUACACCUACAUUACUUACGUAAAUCCUGAGCGGCUAGGUUUGAGUAAUCAUUCCAGCCUACACAAAAUCCUAAAACCAGUUUAAAGGGUGUAGCUUGUAGCUUUUAUGCUAUUCCGAUCGCAAGGCACAUCUAACUAUCUACUUUACACGAUGCACAUUUUUGCACGCUUGCUUACACAAUAGGGAUCAUGUUUCCGGUUCCUAUCAAGCUAGUAAUUGAUCUAUUGUUCACUCAAGAUUAACAAGUCACGAUUCAUUGUACAAAGUGUCACAAAUUCUUUAACUUUACUACAGUAUUAUGCUGAAAAUUAUGCUCGACUGGAGGUAUUAUACUCAAAUUAUGCCGGACUAAAAUGACACUUCCACCCCCCCCCCCCCCCCUCCCCCAUAGGCCUGUAUCUAUUAAUAAACAUUCCUAGUCUUUCAUUUUUGAAAGAAUUGUUAGACAAUAAUUAUUCAGUUAAACAUUUGAUGAGCAAGCGAAAGGUCGGAAAUUGUGAGGCAUUGAAAGGCUUACUAUAUGUCUUUCUCCAAUGAACUUGGAUUAUAGCAAAAUGCACUGGGUACAACUCUAUAACGUAUCAAGUUAAAAUAUUCCCGCUUUUAUCAACUUUGUACAUUCUAGAGUGUCGCUAAGAGCGAGUUGCUGGCAAAAUUUGCAUACACCACUCAUAGUUUUCAGAAACAGAGGCAUUAUGCUCCAAAAAUAUUAAUAUUAUGUCAGCAUUAUGCCUGAUGCUCCAGAUAUAGUAUUAUGCUCAAAAUUAUGCCAGCAGAAUCCAGCAGACCCUACAGACAUACAUAGAGGAUAUUACACGGUGGUGAGAAGAUAUGAAUUUUAUUUUCGAGUGGCAAAACAAAAGCCACCGUGUAAUGUUCUUUUUAUUAUAUAGACAAAAAGACAUCAAUAAAAUAAUAGAUUUUAUUUGCCAAAAAGUAAUUGCGACGGCUCAAAUUUACAGUACAGCAAUAUGACAUUGGUUACAAUAAUCUUGAGAAAUAUCACUGAGCUGAAUAGGGCUCUACAAUGACAAAAUACUAAGCAACGCUUUGAAAAAUGUGGAAGUAAAAUUCAAAAGACACAAGACGCCUACAAAUUUUCAGUGGAAAUUACCGACAUUACGUCAUCGAUAAACUCACAUGUGAGAUUAUGGAAAAUAAACCAGUCAGGUCCCGGAUGUAGUUUUAAUGAAUUUUAAGAGUGGUAUAUUUUCCAGUAAAACACUCGUGUCUAUAUAAUAAAGUAGAUUAAAAUGCUUACUUUCAUAUGAAAAUGACUUUUAUAGUUUGUUUUAUUGCAGUACAAAAUGAUCUUUAUUCUCGCAGUUGUUUAUAUUUAUUUCAAAAAUAAGUAGCAAAGAAGAAGUAUGAUGUGAUACUUUAAGCGUCAAAUUCUUUUUCUCAUUCAAUUUUUCUGUUAGAAUUUUGCUAAGGUAUUUUUAACCUGCAUUAAUCCUUGAGGUCAGUUAUAAAAAAUAAGAAUUAUUUUUAGCGCUCGACCACAAACGUCACUAACGGCUUUGGACAGGUAGCCCUCUAUUGGUGUCUCCUCUUUGAAGCUCUCUUUGUAGGGUAACGCCCCUUUCACUUGCUUUACUGAUGCAGUCUUCAAAGACAUUUACAUAUAAAUGUUACUCGGCCAAGGCCGCCCAUCCCGCCAUAUUCAUAAUUUGUAAUUGUAAUAAUUAAUGAUUCUUUAUUUAGCUCAUAGUGAAAUUACAUUUUUAACUUUUUUAUAACUGAAAUUUGUGCUAGGUUAUAACUUUAUAAUGUAAGAGAAAUAAUAACUGUGAGCUGGGAAGCUAAAUAUGUGACCGUCCACAGGAUUUUAAUGCUAAAGGUGAAAGCACGCGCACGACACGCUUUCACUUCAAAACAAAAGAAUUUAUUUUAACACGCUUUAGCACGCUUGCAAUCUUGCCUUAUUAGCAAUUUCUUUUGUUUCAGAGGACAAGCUUGAGACAAUUAAGCGUGAGCAAGUCGAAGAAAAGAGCGUGUUAAAGUUUUCAAACAAAAGCUCCGUGCGAAAAAGCACAACACGCUUUCAGUGUGCGCAAAACCACGCAAGGCGUGUUAUCUAUAAGCUAAAUAAAUUUCCCCUACAGAAAGGAACCGUAAAUGAUUAUGAACGGCACCCUUUUUUGGUAACUAUCGAGAAAGAAAAAGUUCUACCUAAGCGAUCGCAGCGAUAGCAUCUGAUUGAAAAAACGUUGUCACUUGAAAAGUGUGAACGGUGGGCUUCAGCAUUAUUUUCCCGAAAAAUUUAGCUUCCAAUUGAAAGUUUUAGGAAAGCGAGAAUUUCAUCGUAUUUUCGGUUCCGAAAAUUUUAGGAUUCCUUUCUCUACGAAAAAUAGCUGGGGAUAGAUAAGCUUCGAAAAUUGUAUGUGCAUGGAACGGUCAUCUAGAAAUGUUUAGCCUUCCUCAACCUAUAGAAAAUUCUAGGCAGUUUUUGUUUCUCCGAUUUAAUUACCUUCGUUCGUCUCAGCAUGGCUUAAAGAAAUAUAUUAAACUAAUUUAUUCAACUUCAUUUCUCUGUGCAUUACUGCAAAUAAAUAUUCUGGUACGUGACAUAACUAUAAUUUUCAGGCGACAUAACUUUAGUGCCUCGCAUGCGAUAGCAGGCCUCUUUACGAUUCCGAUCAACAGCCGACAGCCGGAGAAAUUGGUUUACACUGACCUCGCAUUAAUUCCAGGCUAGAUGACCAUUAAGUGGUGAUUUUCAAAUGGCUAUGGUUACGAUCUUACGAUCUUACAUGUCUUACCCCAAUUGCACGCUAAGCGUGCUAUAAUUCGCACACUUACCGUGACAUAUGGCACGCUACAAAAAAACAAAAGGUCUAGCGUGUUAAAGUUAUCAAAACAAAGACAAGUUUGUCCGUCUUUGUUUUUUCAAUUUAAUAUGCGCAUAUCCGUGAUCUACGGCACGCUAAGCGUGUCGUGAGCGUGCUUUCACCUUAAGCAUCAAAUUCCUGUGGAAGGUCACAUAUACGUAACUGUGAAGAAAGUGAUACCUUUUUUAUGACAGCCGCAAAUAGUUAGACUUUCUAGUCUUCUGGCCAUUAAGGACAAUACUUGUAAAUCAUAAUAACCACAGGGUUUGAGCCAGGCCGUGCCAUUGCGCCAAUCCCGCACUGCAAUUGAAAUUGUCCCUUAAAAAAGCGGCCAAGGGGACAAUUUGUCCCCUUCAAAAUUUCAGGAAAAAACUCGAAAGGAAGCACACACGAAGAGAUUUAGUUCAGUACAGAAAUUGCAAGCUAAAACACAACAUGGAAAGUAUAUUUUAGCAUUCUAAAGUCACGUUUCAGUCAUGCUCUACUGAACACAUACGUUUCAUGCUCUAACCAAGCGUGGUGAACGCGCCUGGCAAUCGUUAACAUGUCACAUCGAAAACGUGUUCGAACAUUAGAAAGCUUUUUCACUUCAAAUCAAAGCCAGAGUGAAUCAGGGAAAAAUGAUACAGAAGAAGAACAGUGUAUUAAUCAGGGAGAAACGGAAGAGGAUCGAAGGAAACCGAAAAAAUCACGACAUCACACGUGGUUACGCUAUGAAAAGGUCUCAGGCGAUCAGUUCAGCUAUUUUUGUCAAAAAUCUAACUGAGACAAACCUCUUUGCAUCAGCAGAAGAGUGUACAGAUUUCUGUCCCCCUAAAAAUAAAAAUGUCCCCCUGAAUUUUAGCCAAGGGGACAAAUUGUCCCCCAGUGAUCAAAUCCUAGCUCAAACCCUGUAACCAUCAUACAUGUAUAUAAAAAUUCCGUGAGACAUUAAAGAACCCACACACUGUUAGUUUAUAAAGAGCAGGGGACGUGGUCCCUGCAACUCAAGUUCCUGCUGUUUAUAAUGUCGCCAGUAAACACUAAACUUGAGCUUGAACUUGAGUUUGUUUCAUGAGUGCAACCAUGAUAUGGUAUGUCAUGUACAUAUUUUGUCAUUGGUAUAAAGAUGCAGGUACUCAUUGUUAAAUUAUAUUAAAAUUACAAACGGCUGGCAUGUGGAAAAUUCAAAAAAUGGUUUAUUUUGAAGAUUUAUUAAAAGAUUCAUGAAUCUCCUACAGCAAGACAAAAAGCAUUUGAUCCAGUUCAUUGUCUCCAAAAAAGCAAUUCAUUUAACAACAUAAGUUGUGAACAAGACACUGGUGAAAUGACUAAUUAUUUGUUGUUGUAUUUCAAGGUCCAUCUAUAUCUGGAAGGGUUGAGCAAGCUGCCCCAAGCACACGUUCUGUUACAGGUGAAUAAGAGAUUACUAAUUCAUUGUAUGUGAGAAUCACAACAGCUCCCUGACAGUAACCAGCUACUAAACUUUGUCUUCUAUCUAUUAAUUCUUCAAGGUUCACAGCAGGGAAGUAUCUUCUCCUCUUUUUGGUACCUCUUAUAGAUCUUAAAAAAAUGAAUUUCUUCCAUGCUGACAAAGGAAGAUUCCGAUACCUUCUUUGGAUACUUUUUGAAUUUUUUAUUUGACGAGCACCACAGUUGUUUAAUAGGGUAGUAUAUCCUUCUCCCCCACCUUCCCCCACCACGCCCUGAGGACACUAGCGACUAACUUUACAGGGCUGUCACUAAGGGCCGGGAGGUGUGGAUUUCCCCUGGCUGCUAUGAGCAUGACCCUUGGUUACAUUCAUAGGAAAUAAAAGGAAAAUAGGACCAAAAGAAUUUUCAGGAUGUUCCAUUUCCUGCUCUGAAACUUGAAACCAUAGUGACAGCCUUGAACUCUAACCAGUAAGCUCUCUGCUCUAGUGGCUUUAUGUUCUGGUAUUAGAUCAUUCUAGAACUCUACCCUCUGAUUGGUUGGAAAGGCCCAGGAAAUAUUUUGUUUUGUUUUUUUUUCCUGUUUUGAAAAUGUUUUUGAACUGCAACUGCUUACUAGAUCCCUUUCAGAAUCAACUCAGUGUGCAGCUGAAAUCCUGCAUAACCAAGUUUAAAACAUAAAUUUAUUGUCUAAAAUUGUGCACACUGCGACCAGACAUCAUUUAGUGAAUUAAAAUGUCAGUAUCACCCACAAUUCAGUAAAACUUUCAGUCCCAAGACAAGCUGCUCAGUGCUUUUUGUUAUACAAACUUUAUUAUUCAGAUCCAGAAACUAAAAUGUGAGCAGUAAAAAAACUGACAUAUUGAUGAACAUCCCCAAAUACUUUAGAAUAACUGUUGUUUUAAAUGUCUUGCUUCAAUUUUUAUUCUAUUUUGUUUAACUCACAGACCUGUCAGCAGAGAAACAGCCCUCUAGCUCUACGGCCACUAAGGAGGAGUUACCAGGUACUAUUAUAUCAAUAAAGCAGAAAUGGUACCAGAAAUACAGCAGAUUAAAACCGCUUGCUUGAAUAUGAAAAUGACUUUUAUCGUUUGUUAUAUUGCAAUACAAAAUGAUCUUUAUUGUCACAGUUGUUUAUAUUUAUUUCAGAAAUAAGUAGCAAAGAAGUAUGAAUUGAUACUUCAAGCAUCAAAUUCUUUUUCUCAUUCAAUUUUUCUGUUAGAAUUUUGCUAAGGUAUUUUUAACUUGCGUUAAUCCUCGAGGCCAGUUAUAAAAAAUAAGAAUUAUUUUUAGCACUCAACCACAAACGUCACUAACGGCUUUGGACAGGUAGCCCUCUAUUGGUGUCUCCUCCCUGAACCUCUCUUUGUGGGGUAACGCCCCUUUCACUUGCUUUACUGAUGCAGUCUUCAAAUACAUUUACAUAUAAAUGUUACUCGGCUAAGGCUGCCCAUCCCGCCAUAUUCAUAAUUUGUAAUUGUAACAAUUAACGAUUCUUUAUUUAGCUCACGGUGAAAUUACAUUUUUAACUUUUUUAUAACUGAAAUUUGUGCUAGGUUAUAACUUUAUAAUAUAAGAGAAAUAAUAAGUGCGAGCUGAGAAGCGAAAUAUACUGUUAGAUUUUCUAGUUAGCUCCCCAUCCAGUUAAAGUCAGUGUGUAAGCAGGUGAAAAAGAAGAAAAUUGAAUAGAUAAAUGAAUUAACAAAUUGAAUUAAUAAGGAGCAUUCCUUCAACGUUUGAUCAUAGUAUUUACAUUCCUACACUAUAUUCUGGUGUUUUAGAGCCCUGAUAUAUACAUGCAUUGUUACUUACAUUUCUGUUGGUGUAUCAUGAGUUGAGGAUAAUUUGUUUUUAAAUAUGGAAACUUUAUUUAUAUUCGGUAAUCUGAUCACUUUAUAUAAAUGAGGGCCUAUAUUUUGUGCGUCAACUACCUCCCUUUAACUUUCCUCGCCUAUUAAGAUAUCAAGUUAUUAACAAACAAUUCUUUAAAAAAAGGAACGUAAAAUUUUCUUUAACAGAUUCUCUCUGCCUCAAGGAGUGCCAGAAACAGCUGCGAUCAAUUUAUGAAACCAACAGCAAAGUCAAAAUCGUUCCGUGGGACCAAAGCUCUGCCGUUCAUAUCGAUGAAAUUUACACCCACUUGUCUUGGCUUAUGGAUGAGAAGAAGCCCAGCGGAGUAACACAGAAGGAACUUAAACACUACACCGACAUUUUUCACUGCGGAAGACUUCAUCAUAAGCCUAAGCGUAUUUUGGUUCACGGACGA